AACCUCCCCUCAGGGGUGCACCAGAUCUCCUGCUCUCUCCUCGCCGGUCGGCUCGAGAUACCGUGUUUCGACCUCACCUCAAUCUUACUAGACCGCUGCAAGCCUCCAACUUAAUUCUCGGCGCUUGCCUGGGACUGUUCACUCCGCCAACUCCGCAUCCUGUCCUGACGCUGAUACCCCACCUGAGCACUCACCUCCUUUUCUGGGCCAACAUUCUCACCACAUCGAUCUGCAACCCGAGUCAGCGCCAUGUUCUCCUCAUUCACCUCUUCCUCGGCCAUCUCGAACCUGGGCACUCGGCUGCGUCGAGCGAUUAACUUGGGCGACGAGGCGGACGACCCGGAGCACGAAGACUGCUCGCACAUCUCCAACGUGCUGCGCGCCUACUACACGGAGAAAGCGCGGCCCUUUCCGACAUGGCUCCCACCUGACCCGAAAGCGCCGACUCCAGCCCCGGCGCGGGUCAUCGCUACGACCCAGAUUCAAGCCGCCGCCGCCCCAGCAACGUCGGCGUAUGGCCGCGGUGGCGGUUUGGGAGACCUGUGGGGGGAUUCGGGUUCUGCGACGCCGCCGGCCUCGCAGACGGCCAGUCUACGUCGAGGCCGACUGGCGCCCGGCAAUAUGGGGGCCCCUCUGGCUGCCACGGCCAGCGCACCGUCGGGUUCGAUUGCAUCAGCGCCUAGUCAGUUGCCUGCACCUUCGGCGCACCCGACCGGGGCGCGGCCGCUGCCCAGCCAGCGCGCCGGAUCGUAUCAGACGAUCUCGGGACCGGUCACGGGAGCAGGCAGUCCAGGGACAGGGGCAGGACUGGAGCGCGCGGCGUCGGCUCAGGAGAGACUGCGUGCUAGAUUGCAUGGGGGCCGGUCUCCCAGUCCCGGACAGAAUCCGGGCAGUCGGCCGGGUUCGCCCUAUGUUGGAGGGGGAGCGGAUCCUAGUGCGCGAAAACCGGUAGGCAUGCCGGGUCGACGAUAAUGGGCGGCCGGGAUAUUGUCAAUUUGUCAUAUUAGGCUAAUUGGUCUUACAUGUGGGGGAAAACGAAGGGAAGAGAAGGAUCUAGUGGCUGCAGGGCUUUGCAAGAGAUGGGGACUGCUGGUUAGUGUCUGUCUUGCGCAUCGGAUGGUGUCCGGGGCGGGAAAGUGUAUGACUAUGGAAGCCGACGAGGGCGUGGGGGAACGUGGGAGGGACAGUCAGGGUUUUCCAUGGUUUGUCCCUGGCCCAUUCGAUUGAUCAAUUUCCGUCGUGUAUCUAUCCCUCCGAUCUGUUGACUGGUUGCAAUGAGAUCGAGAUAAUAAUCCAUCCAGAUCCGACCCUCUUUUUUUUGAUUUCAGUAUUAGAAUCUU